AUGUCCCUUUCUUCAAUUAUCCAUGCCCCUGAAUCUAUCAGGUUUUGGAUCUUGCGCUUCAACCCCUCACAAUUCUCAGAGGAAUGUACAGAGCUUCCUAUGUUGUACUUGUACACCGCUUCAACAUCAUGUUUCAACAUCAUCCUUAAAGAAAGAACUUUAAAGGACCAGAUGGAAAAGGAUCCUACAGAAGUCAUACGCAAAGCUGUGCUACGCAUGCUUCCUAGAAACAAAUUGCGGGAUGAUAGAGAUCGAAAAUUGAGGAUUUUUGCUGAUAGUGAGCACCCCUUUGGUGAUAGGCCCGUUGAACCAUAUGUGAUGCCUCCCCGAAAAGUACGAGAAAUGAGGCCUCGUGCAAGAAGAGCCCUGAUUCGAGCUCAAAAGAAAGCUGAGGAGCAAGAGCAAGGUGGCAGCCAAAGAAAAGGCAGGAAGAAGGAAGCCAAAACAGAAGUAGCAGCAUGAAGGGUGAUUGAUCUCAUCCCCUCCCCAGAUAUCCAGUGUUUUUCCUGUUCAAAGGAAGAACAGGAACUGCAGAUUUCAUUAGAAUAAUUGUCUUUGUUUACAGGUUUGCAAAGUUUCUUUCUCGCC